AUGGCUUCAUUGAGCAGAUUCCCUGGCGUUGCCUUAAUCACCGGUGCUGGCGGCACAGGAAUUGGCGCCGCUGUGGCCAGGAGCUUUGCGCAGGCUGGGUGCUCCCGCUUCGCUAUUACAGACCUCGACAAGGCUUCUCUCGCCGCCACUGCCAACUCCAUCAGGGGCAUCAACCCCAGUGCGCAGGUACACACGAGCAAUGGCGACGUUGCCGAUGAGGGCUUCGUGAAGUCGUUCAUCAAGGAAUCCGUUGGCACCUUCGGUCGAAUUGACUACUCUGUCCAAUGCGCUGGCAUAUUGGGCAAAGGUCUUCGGUCGCAUGAGACGUCGGUGUCUGAGUUUGACAUCAUUACCAACGUCAACUAUAGAGGGACAUGGCUUGUGACGCGAGACGUCGUGGGUCAUAUGAUUGAACAAGAUCCGCUACUCGAACAUCCAAAGCAAAGAGGAGCCAUCGUCAACAUCGCCAGCCAGCUUGGGAUCGUCGCCAGGCCGGGAGCCGCUUCGUACUGCGCCUCCAAGGCGGCCAUUAUCAACAUGACUAGAUCUGACGCUAUUGACUACUCGCGAGAUGGUAUCCGUGUCAAUUGCGUUUGCCCUGGUGUGAUUGCGACACCAAUGACAACUGGGAGCCAGGAGGUCGAAGACAGAUUGCGGCCGGCCAUUGACAUUGCACCCUUGAAGCGCAUGGGAACGCCAUCUGAAGUAGCUGAUUCUGUUCUGUUUCUUUGCUCAAGUCAAGCAUCUUUCAUCCAAGGACAUGCAUUGGUAGUAGACGGAGGUUAUACCAUUAACUGA